UUGACUUUUUAGUUGAUUGUGUAAUAAAUUUUAAUUGCUACUACGGGUUAUGUUGCACAUAUAUCCAUAUUGAAUUGCAUUCGCUUUAAACUGUAACGCCUCUUGUAUGCAGAUUGAAAUCACAAAAGAGGGACAAAAUAAAUCAUAACUAUUUCCGGACUGAUUAUUUCUGUCAACCUGGCUUUAUUAGGUAGCAAAUUAUAUUCCUUCAUUUUCAUAUGUUUCUGCGGCGGUGUUCGUGUGGGCGGCUCUGAAAUUCUCCUGGGAUCCAAUGUUUUGACAUCCAUUAGUGUGUUGAGAGACGAGUUAUUAGACAUGGACGUUGUUUCAGUGGGUGUUUGGUUUAUUUUCAGUGUUACUUUUGUUCUGGUGUGUUGUGGCUGUCUUGAGAUGAGAUGGCUGAAACGCGUAUGCAGCGUGCGCGUGCUAGUCUUGAUCAUUAUGUUGCUAGCCAUGAGUCUUUUCGCCAUCACUAUGUAUCCCUCCGACUGCGCCUCCCCGACGCUAGAUUCCCUCUCAGGAGGCGGACCCCUACCAAAUGAGAUGCUUCGUCACCGGUUCGGCAUGGGUAAAAUUCUACCGGCGCACACGAAAACGCAGUAUGGAAACAAGACAUUCGACCGAAAUAAUCCGAUUAUCUUUGUCGGCGGGAUGCCGAGGAGUGGAACGACUCUGAUGCGAGUGAUUCUAGACGCCCAUCCUUAUGUGUUGUGUGGGGAAGAGACUAGAGUUGUGCCUCGUAUUCUUCAGAUGCGUCAACAGUGGGCGAAGAGCAAGGUGGAAAAGACGCGGCUAAACGAAGCAGGUCUAACGGACGAUGUUCUGGACAGUGCAACUGCGGCCUUUAUCAUCGAGAUCCUCGCCAAACAUGCUUCAAAGCAUGCCAAGUCAGUCCUCUGCGACAAAGACCCCUUCAACCUCAAACAGAUCCUGUACCUGCGAGACCUAUUUCCCAAAGCAAAGUUCCUCCUCAUGAUCAGGGACGGAAGAGCCACUGCUCAUUCAAUCAUCACCCGAAAAGUCACCAUAUCAGGUUUCGACAUCACGAGCUACAGAGAUGUUCUCUCGAAGUGGAAUCGAGCCAUAGGGGAAAUGUGGAAACAGUGUGAGGAGGUGGGACCACAGUACUGCAUGCCAGUUUGGUGGACACGUUUCGGAUAGAUGCGAACGGUCGUAUUCUGCAGGGCCAGCCAGGUCAGAGCGAGAUGGAUUUGAAAGCUGCCAAGGCCCCUCAUCACAGACAGGUGCUCGGAGGCGAGGGCGAGGGCGAGGGCGAGGGAGGGGAGAAAUCUAGAUAGUGAAAAAAGAAAGAACCUCACGAAAGGAAAUGGGAUUUAAUGUGAUUAAUAUCUCCAAUCUGUCAUCCAAAAAAUUCAGCUCCAAUCCUCUAAUAAUUAUUUUAUUUGAUCUUCUGGGAAAGAUGGAAGAUGCACAUGAAAAAGCACCGAGAGAUGCCAAGUCUCAGCGAAUGUCGAAAUUUUAAAUAGGAUCUGGGAUCAUCCAUCACAUUUUGCUCCAGGAAUGGUCUCUUAAUUCAGCUAGAAUAGAUUAUUUAACUAAUACCACGCUGUGAACAAGAAGCUGCUAUUUAUUUGUACUGGUGUUUUUUUAAUUAUCCAUUCCUCUCCUGAUUUUCAGUCUUUAAAUUACGAUGGAUCGGCUACCAUAGAUAGGUCUGUUUGAAGUUAUUCCAAUUUAUUUGUGGCAAUUAUUUGUUUGAAAGCAGUUCCCACCCCAUUUGUUUCCCAAUCGAGUUUUAAUAAAAUUAAAUUGACAAAAGUUUUAAAAUCA